AUGGACAUGAUGGAUGGCUGCCAGUUCUCGCCUUCUGAGUACUUCUACGAUGGCUCCUGCAUCCCGUCCCCCGAGGGCGAGUUCGGGGACGAGUUUGAGCCGCGAGUGGCUGCUUUCGGGGCGCACAAAGCAGACCUGCAGGGCUCAGACGAGGACGAGCACGUGCGAGCACCUACGGGCCACCACCAGGCCGGCCACUGCCUCAUGUGGGCCUGCAAAGCAUGCAAGAGGAAGUCCACCACCAUGGAUCGGAGGAAGGCGGCCACCAUGCGUGAGCGGAGACGCCUGAAGAAGGUCAACCAGGCUUUCGAGACGCUCAAGCGGUGCACCACGACCAACCCCAGCCAGAGGCUGCCCAAGGUGGAGAUCCUCAGGAGCCUGCCGGGGCAGAGCUGCUCUGAGCCCACCAGCCCCACCUCCAGCUGCUCUGACGGCAUGCCCGAAUGUAACAGCCCUGUCUGGUCCAGAAAAAGCAGCAGUUUUGACAGCGUCUACUGUCCUGAUGUACCAAAUGUAUAUGCCACGGAUAAAAGCUCCUUAUCCAGCUUGGACUGCUUAUCCAGCAUAGUGGAUCGGUUCACCAACUCAGAGCAACCUGGAUUGCCUCUCCAGUACCCAGCCUCUCUCUCCCCAGUUGCCAGCACCGAUUCUCAGCCUGCAACUCAAGGGGCCUCUAAUUCCAGGCUCAUCUAUCAUGUGCUAUGA